AGAGCAUCCAAAGAAGAAGAUACCAUUAAUGGAGAUAGAAGUGGCAGUAACAGCAGCUGAACUCAAUUUCGACAGCACAACUUCGUCUCCUUACAUAACAGCUCCUUCAAGCCCAACUAGAUUUGGUAACAACAAUGUUUUCUUCUUUAGUGCACCUACAAGCCCUUCUCCUUCUACUUCCUCCAACAUAGCAUAUGACUGGGAUGACCAAUCAAGAACUCCCAAGAAGAGAUCAGCAAGCGGUUUCGAAGACGAUUUCGAGUUUAAUUUCAGUGGUCAGUUGGAGAAAACUUAUUUCUCUGCUGCGGAUGAGCUCUUUGAUGGAGGAAAGAUUCGACCUUUAAGGCAACCAUUCACUCCUCCUGUUUCUUCUCCUACUAGAUCUAGGGAUCUUGAGAUUCAAGAUUCCGAUGAUCAGAAAGAUCGAGGGAGAGACCGGUCUUUAGGAUCUUCUUCUUCGCGAUAUGAUCGUAAAGGAAGCCGUUCUAUGUCUCCAUUGAGAGUUUCAGACAUAAUGGUCGAUGAGGAAGAAGAAGUACAGUCAACAAAAAUGGUUGCUUCCAACACAAGCAACAACCAAAAAUCCUCUGUUUUCUUGUCAGCAAUUCUGUACCCUGGUCGUGCAUACAAGAAGUGGAAACUCAAAGAUCUGUUACUGUUCAGGAGUGCAUCUGACGGAAGACCUGUUCCGACCAAAGAGUCUUUGAAAAGAUACGAUAUACUAACAAAGAGAGAUGCAGAGGAUGUGAGAAACUCGAGUAUCCGGUCUCGAGAUAGCUGCGAUUCGUCGGUGUCUAUGUCGAGGAGGAGGAACGGAGCGGUGGUUUCGGCUCACGAGAUGCAUUACACUGAGAACAGAGCAGUGUCGGAAGAAUUGAAGAGGAAGACAUACUUGCCGUACAAGCAAGGUUGGUUAGGCUGCUUAGGGUUUAACCCUACGGUCCAUGAAAUUGCAAGAGUUGGGUCAUUGUCACGUGCUUCUUCUUGAUUUCUCUUGUACUUUUCUAUACGUUCUUAAAUUCGCAUUUUUGAUGGCUUUUAAUUUGGUGGUGAGGUUCCAUCGAAACUGAUGGAGAAAAAUAUAUGAUUCGUGACGUUUGAUACAUAUUAUAUGAAUAAAAGAAAGAAAGUAAAAAAUGUAACAA